AUGGUUCAUAAAAGUAAAACAUUUUGGAUUGGCAGUUUCAAGGAUCAUGCUAUCAAUAUAAAUGUUGGGGGACUGAAGAAGAGAAUCAGUUCUAUUACACUGUCGCAGUUCCCAGACACAAGGCUGGGUCGAUUACUUUUUUGUGACUCUGAAGAAUCCAUUCUACAAAUCUGUGAUGACUAUGACUUGGUGUCUAAGGAGUUUUAUUUUGACCGAAAUCCAGGCCUUUUCCCAUAUGUCCUGUACUUUUACGAGACUGGGAAACUGCACAUGAUGGAUGACCUAUGUGCCUUCUCGUUCUCCCAAGAAAUAGAGUAUUGGGGCAUCAGUGAGUUUUUUCUAGACUCCUGCUGCAGCUAUCGAUACCAUGAACGUAAAUUAGAGAGCAGGAGGCGUAACUGGGAUGAAGAAAGUGAGGUGAGCAGUGUGGACAUGUCUGUCGAUGAAAUUUCCGACUUUAAUCAUGACCUAAUGCGCUUCAACUCAUUACAAUGUGGUAACUUGCGCAAACGACUGUGGCUGACCAUGGAAAAUCCUGGUUAUUCAAUACCAAGCAAAAUAUUUAGUUUUAUUUCUAUUUGUGUAGUUCUUCUCUCAAUAUCCACAAUGUGCAUCAACAGCAUGCCAGAAUAUCAGAAAGUAGACGAGGAUGAUGUUCCCAUCGAUGAUCCAAUUCUCCAUAAUCUGGAAUAUUUUUGUAUUUCCUGGUUUACUUUUGAGGUGUCUUCAAGGCUGCUUCUUGCUCCCAACCUAAAGAAGUUCUUCAAGCAUCCCUUAAACUUAAUUGACAUUGUUUCCGUGCUGCCAUUCUACUUUACUCUAUUGGUAGAUCUGACCAUUGGCAGUGAUCACGAGUUGGGAAAUGUUGGGAAAGUUGUUCAAGUCUUUCGAUUAAUGAGGAUUUUUCGAGUCCUUAAAUUGGCGAGGCAUUCAACUGGACUUCGGUCACUUGGAGCUACACUUAAGCAUAGCUACAGAGAAGUGGGCAUACUGCUGCUUUACCUGGCGGUUGGUGUCUCUGUCUUUUCUGGAAUAGCAUACACUGCGGAGCAGGAUGAAGACACAGGGUUCGACACUAUACCUUCAUGUUGGUGGUGGGGAACCGUAAGCAUGACCACCGUAGGCUACGGAGAUGUUGUGCCUGCUACUGUAGCUGGGAAGUUAGCGGCUUCUGGCUGUAUCUUGGGUGGAAUAUUGGUUGUGGCAUUGCCAAUAACCAUCAUCUUUAACAAGUUUUCUCACUUUUACCGAAGACAGAAAGCUUUGGAGUAUGCAGUGAGGAACAGUGACAGGAAGCCAUGCAAAGAGCCUGAUGUCGAUUGUGAGAAGGAAUCAGAGACCUUUGCAGAACUUUAAAUAGGAUGCCAAUGAUUAAAGAUACAAUAUGCACGUCAUCAAAUGCAGACAUGUAUACAUUA